AUGGAGCGGGUGAGACGCAGAGAAGGUGGGGGAGCAGGAGUAGAAGGGAGGGUAGCUGAAGGAGGUGCUGAGGGAGAGGGUGGGGGAGCACGAGCAGAAGGAGAGAGAGGAGAAGGAUGUUGUGAAGGAGAGGGCAUGGGAGCGAAAGAGGAAGAGGGAGGAGGAGAGGUGCCGGAGAUGACAGCAGAAGGGGGGGUGGAGGGGGCAAGGAGGGGAGGCGGAGCGGGGAGAGGAGGAAGUGGAGAAGGAGAGGGAGCAGCAGAGGGCAGCGGAUCAAAGUCAGCCCAAUGA